AUGAAGAACUAUAAAGCAAUUGGCAAAAUAGGAGAGGGAACAUUUUCUGAAGUUAUGAAGAUGCAGAACCUGAGAGACGGAAACUACUAUGCAUGUAAACAGAUGAAACAGCACUUUGAAAGUAUUGAGCAAGUGAACAACCUGCGAGAGAUACAAGCACUGAGACGCCUGAACCCACACCCGAACAUUCUCACGUUGCACGAAGUGGUUUUUGACAGAAAAUCUGGUUCUCUUGCACUAAUAUGUGAACUUAUGGAGAUGAAUAUUUAUGAGCUAAUACGAGGUAUAAGACACCCGUUAUCGGAGAAGAAAAUUACUCACUACAUGUACCAGCUGUGUAAGUCUCUGGACCACAUGCACAGAAAUGGAAUAUUUCACAGAGAUGUAAAACCAGAAAAUAUAUUAGUAAAGCAGCAUGUCCUAAAGCUCGGGGACUUCGGCUCGUGCCGGAGCGUCCACUCGAGGCAGCCAUACACCGAGUACAUCUCCACCCGCUGGUACCGGGCCCCCGAGUGCCUCCUCACCGAUGGCUUCUACGGCUUCAAGAUGGACCUGUGGAGCGCAGGCUGCGUGCUCUACGAGAUGGCCAGCCUGCAGCCGCUCUUCCCUGGCGCCAACGAGCUGGACCAGAUCUCCAGGAUCCACGAUGUCAUGGGCACGCCUGCUGAGAAGACCCUCACCAAGUUCAAGCAGUCGAGAGCUAUGAGUUUUGAUUUUCCUUUUAAAAAGGGAUCAGGGAUACCUCUACUGACCACCAGUCUGUCCCCGCAAUGCCUCUCCCUCCUGCACGCCAUGGUGGCCUAUGAUCCCGACGAGAGAAUCACUGCCCACCAGGCCCUGCAGCACCCUUACUUCCAGGGGCAGAGGGCAGCCGAGAAGCAGGCACUGGCCAGGGCCAGGUGGAAGGCCCCCGCUCCCUUCCCUGAGCGCCCCAUGGCCCCAGAGCUCAACAGCACCUGGCAGACGGCGCAGGAGGGCCGGAAGCAGAAACAACCCACGAGGCCAGAGGAGGACCAGCCCCGGAGGCAGGGGCCGGCCUCCCUAAUGGAGCUGCCCAGGCUGAAGCUGUCGGGAGCGGCCACGCUGGCCUCCUACUCCAGCCCAUCCCUGCGGCCAGCGCUCGCCCGGAAGGCACCACUGCUGAGACCUCUGAAGUGCGCUGGUGCCGCCCAGAAGACAGACACGCAGAAGGACAUCAAGCCCAGCCUGAAACAGUACCGCCUGCCCGCGAUAGAGCGCAGAGGUGGGGGCUACUGA